GCGAGGCGGACUUUUCGCUGAAGCCUCGCUGCCCAGAUGGAGCUAACGUAUCAAACGUUGAAAACGACUUAUCAGGCGAAGGAGGCGGAAGAGAUGCGAUCAGAAGCCCGUCGAAAAAACCUUCUUAUUCUGAUUUUACAUUAUUUAACUGAAGAAGGGUAUGUGGAUGCCGCAAACGCGCUGGAACAAGAGGCGAAGCUGGGCUUGCGCCGCUUUGAAGUUUGUGACAACGUUGAUCUGGAGACUAUUCUGAUGGAAUACGAAAGCUACUACUAUGUAAAAUUCCAGAAGUACCCAAAGAUUACCAAGAAAGCCUUAGAUGCUGUGGAUAAUAAACCAAGCAAAGGGGGCAAAAUAAAACGGGCAGCCAGCAGCACGCACCGUAACCUUCCAAAAAUCUGCCAGCAUCAACCCAUGCCGAGACCAGUAUCAAGAGCGUCUUCAAACAGGGUAGCUGAAACCAAGGUAUCUAGCAAGGAGACCCUGAAACAGGAGAAUGACGGUGUUUUAAGCCAUGUGCCAUCUGACUUUGGUUUAAAUGUGUCCGCAAUCCAUAAAGGAGGAGGUGGUGAAGGCUCUCAUCCGAGAAGGGGUAAAAUCAUUGAUUUCCGUGGGAUGAUCCAGGACGCUAUCAAAGGAGCAUCUAACGAAAUUGCUUUGCACAGCCUGAACUGCAAUCCCGACCCUUCGGAACGAUUAUUAAAACCUCUCGGCGCCUUCAUUGGGAUGACGGGUGAGAUGAGAGAACUUGCGACAGUUGUGAGCCGGGAUAUUUAUCUUCAUAACCCGAAUGUAAAGUGGGGCGACAUUAUCGGACUCGAUGCAGCCAAGCGGUUAGUGAAGGAAGCCGUUGUGUACCCCAUCAGGUAUCCACAGCUGUUUACAGGCAUCCUCUCUCCAUGGAAAGGACUGCUCCUAUAUGGGCCUCCAGGUACUGGGAAAACACUGCUGGCCAAGGCGGUUGCCACCGAAUGCAAUACAACCUUCUUCAACAUCUCUGCUUCUACCAUCGUUAGCAAAUGGAGGGGUGAUUCAGAAAAGCUGGUCAGGGUGCUCUUUGAACUGGCCCGCUACCACGCUCCCUCCACCAUCUUCUUGGAUGAACUGGAGUCGGUCAUGAGUCAACGAGGCAUCUCGCCAGGUGGCGAACACGAAGGAAGCUUGCGGAUGAAAACAGAAUUACUGGUGCAGAUGGAUGGCUUGGCCCGAUCGGAUGAUCUCGUCUUUGUUUUAGCGGCUUCCAACCUGCCAUGGGAACUGGACUGCGCCAUGUUGCGCAGGCUGGAGAAGAGGAUCCUGGUCGAUCUCCCAAACAAAGAGGCGAGGGAGGCAAUGGUCCAGCACUGGCUUCCUCCCGUCAGCAACACCGGAGGAGUGGAGCUGAGGACGGACUUAGACUACACCUUACUCAGCCAGGAAAUGGAAGGCUAUUCCGGCUCUGAUGUCAAGCUGGUCUGCAAGGAAGCGGCCAUGCGCCCCGUGAGGAAGAUCUUCAGCGCACUAGAAAACCAUCAGCCAGACAGCGGGCAUUUACCCACAAUCCAUUUGGACACCGUCACAACGGAAGACUUCCUGGAUGUGAUCACUCACACCAAGCCCUCGGCGAAGAAUUUAAGUGAAAAAUACGCCGCCUGGCAAAGAGAAUUUGAGUCUGUCUGAGCUGGAUUUGGACUCCGGAAGCCUCGUCGGAGGCUUCAGCCACCCAGAAAGGAAGACUCUCUGGCGAAGUUCAGCUGCCAAGAGGCCGGAGACUCCCAUUAACAUGAUGUUUGAAAGCAAAGCACACUGGGAAAAUGGAACAGGCCCACCCAUUCUCAGGGAUUCGUUUUUGAUAAUAACCAAGGAAUGCUGCUCGUUGUGCUUGACAGAACCUCUGGCUGCUGUUUUUUUAAAAAAUGCAAGAAAAGCAUUUUUUCCCACCUAAAUUCAGCUGUUAAUAUUUCAUCUAGACACCAUCAAGGACCCAACUUGGGCUAGGAAUUCUCAACAGGUGUUGCCCCCAUUACAAAAAUACUACACAUCUCUCGGUGGUGGGGGUCGGGGGGCAGUGGUAGGCAAGCUGU